AAUUUAGCUGACUGAGACUAGACAGUGUAUCAAGUUUAAAGUUAGCCUGGCUUAGUCCAGUUCUUGCUUCUAGGUGAGCUGGCUAGCAUUGAAAGUAGUUCAUUUAAUUAGGAUUCCAUAGUAUUUUAAGGGGUUUUACGGGGCGAAAUGCCACCAAAUCCGAAUAAACCGGCAAACGAGGAUAGCCAGACAUGGGAAUUGUUGGAGCGCUGUCUCUUACCAGUUGUAUUUUCUCACGCGAUCGCGAUUAUUGUGGCUACAAUUCUGAACACCUUAGGAAUUUCACAGAUAUCUAGUCUGGUACUUUUUUUACUCUUUCUCACAGUAUCUCUCGGCUCAACUUUGUUCUAUCAUAAUCUCAAGGUAACGGCAGCCGGGAAGGCUGUUUUAAUAACUGGAUGUGACUCUAGGGUUGGAAAUGCCUUGGCUAAGCAGCUCGAUGAUUUGGGAUUCACCGUCUUUGCAGCAUUCUCAAACAAAAAUGAUAACAACGAUGUUGCACUUAAAUUAAAGGAACAAGGUUCAGGAAGAUUACAUACCCUGCAACUGGAUGUUACCAGCGAACGAGAUAUCCAUUCCACAUUUCUCUACAUUAACGAACACCUUCCCGACGGAGCGCCAGGUCUUUGGGCUCUGGUAAAUGCAGAAGCUUGGGUGGCGCUUGGAGAGUGCGAGUGGAUUCCAUCCACUGUCCUCAAGCGUAGCGUGGAUGUUAAUUUCAUUGGUAUUACGCGACUAACACAGGUAUUUUUGCCACUGGUGAGACGCUCUAAAGGUCGCAUUGUCUUAGCAGGGAGCCUUUUUGCCCGUAUACCUAGUCCUGUGAGAGGGAUACAUUGUGCAGUAAAGGCAGCUGUUGAAGCAUGGGGAAACUGCCUGCGGCUAGAGAUGCGGAGGUGGGGAGUCGAUGUAGUUAUAGUUGAGACCGGAGAGUAUGUAUCAGGAAAUGCGUGGCUCAAAAAUAAUACAUCGUUGCUGGAACAAGCCAGAGAUAUGUGGACACAGCUGGAUCCUCAAACUAGACGUGAAUAUGGGCAGGAACUUUUCCAGAAAGAAAUGAUUGCAUUGGAGAAGUAUACUCUUGGUCCAGAGGCUGAUCUUACUCAGACGACAAGGGCAUUGACAGAUGGGGUGAUAAGAACGUUUCCACUCUGGAAAUAUAUGCCUGUGUCUCGUAAAGAGAGAAUUAGAGCCAUGCUAAGUGAUCAUUUGCCUAAACCUAUAUACGAUAUAUUGUACACAGAUUAAAUUCAUGAAGUUUACUCGAAUUUUGUCUAUUUAUUCGCUUGUCUGAAGUUAUUGGUUGGAAUGUUUAUGGUAAUUGCAAUUCGUUUCAGUAAUGAUCAAAUGAUAUAGAACAUAAUGCGUACCAGGAGCAUAAGAUUUGUGACAAAAUCGCAAAAUCACUGAGAUCAUAGUCUUGGUUUUCUUUCAAAUUUGACCGCGAAUGGUUUUGAAUUAUCUUAUUCAUGGCAUUAUUAUCUAUUUUAAGUUCAAGAAUCUAGAUACGCUUACUGAAUUGAUUUAUUAAUCGAUGUUUUUAAUGUGUGGCAAAUUCCUCACUUAGAAGAUCCAAAAAAUGGUGACAUCAUUCUAGCUUUCAGAAGUUGUUCAAUUUUGUAAUCAGAUUCUUGUUUCCGAAAGCAAAAUACAAAGAAUCACUGCCUUGUCA